AUGAUGAAUUGUGUGAAUAACGGCCUGAAGGUGAAAAUGAAACGAACAAACGAAGCGAGAGAGAAGAAUGAGAGACGUAGAUACCUGAUCGUCAGACACAAAACGAAGAGGCGGGAAAAAGGGACAGCUGCGAUCGGAGAGAGAUGA